GAAGAAUAGUUUACAGUUAACGACUGAGCCGCGACGACGAUCCAUUUAAUGGAAUAGAAAAUUGAUGUGUUUUUGUCUUAAAUGUUUUAUGUACAUACAUAUGUCUGUGUUUAAGAUCGAAAAUCUAUAAACCAUCAUUGAAAAGCUACACACGUACUCAGUUAAAUACAGAAAUAUAUACACAAGUAUAUUUCACCACCAUUUUCACAGGAUUUUAAACGAGUAACGGAAUACACAAUUGCCAUAAUUGUGCUCCAGGUUCGCGAAGGAUCAGUGCAAAUUCUCUCUUCUUACCGUUAUUGCUAAAUUGCAUAUACUAACAUCGUUCAAAGCCGGAAAGAGACAGCAACAUAUUUAAUUUGGUAACUUAGCAGUUUUAUACUCUCAGGAUGAUCAGGUUGUUGGGAGCGCGAAGAUAAAUCAACGAAUGACUGAUCAUUGUCUACCUGUGGCAAUCACUUGAUACGAGUUUUUUGCUUUAAAAGCCUCGGCAGCAGUGCUCUAGAUCGACAGUUUCGUUUCUUGAAGCGAUGAACACACAUCAUCCGAAAUCAUAAAAGGUUAGCUACUUGAAGAUAAAGCAACAUAUUUAAAAUUCAAAAAUAYGAAUAUUAAGAAAGAGACUUAAAAAUGGGUAGUACAUUUAAGCACGCCGAGUUUCCUAAGAAUCUAACGCGGCCAUUGUUAAUAAGCUCGAUGCGGAACCACGCAGUACACUUCCCAAAAGUGUGGGAGAACAUUCACAACCAAACCAUUCACAACCGAUCCACUCACAUUCAAGAUGAAAAAAAUAAACUUCCCAAUACAUUGUCGCAUAUAAUGUAUGAUUUUAGAGGCAAAGUGCUUAACAAAAUUUCAUUAAAAAAAGAAUUUAUAGCGGUGCGGCAGUUACGCAUGAAUCUAGAAAGUUUAGCUAAAGAAAAUAUGAAGCCGAAAACGCAGCAGCUAGCACCCGGUGAGCCACUCGAUUUGACAAAAUCCUCGAAUGAAAGGAAAACUAAUAAAUUACUGRAAUGGGAGACCCCGAAGGUGUCGCCGAUAAAAGUUGAAAUGCCAACGGGUGCUAGUGCAACAACGCUMACACCGGGACUUAGUCAAACACUUAAUAGCUUAGUUGAAACACCGUUGCAACCGCAACCACAGCAAGGCAGUUCAACACAAACUACAAAAACAACUGCACAGAUUUGCGCAGGAAAACGCGCAUUGCCAGCGCAAAGCAGUUCACCUUCAUUCAAUCAGAGCAGUGAUAAUGUCGAAGAGCAACAACAAAAGAAAAUAAAGRUGAAGGAAAUCGUACCAGUUGAUAUGGAUGCGAUUAGAGAGCGCCUCAACGAACGCACUAUAGUUGUAGAUGGUACUGAGUUUGUAGUAAUCGGAGCAAAUAACACCAGAGUGCUGAAGCAAUUUUUACUGGAACUAAAUUGGAACAACACAGGCGCGGCAAUAACACGAAAACUGUUAAGUCGUAUAUUCGAUCAUAAGACACUCGCUACACAUACAUUGACCGGCAAGCCUUCGCCGGCGUUUUUGAAUAUGAACAAACCCGAGAAAGGGCAAUUGAAUCAGCUGAUCGUACAAGAUAUAAUCGAGUUUAUGUUGCUUAUGACAGACAUGAAAGCCAGGGAUGUGAAAACAUCCAUUACGACGAAAUGCGCCGACGAGUGCAAGAAACUGCGUCACAGUGUUUCAACAAUAGCCGUUGCUUCAUUGAAAGCAAAUGUUACAAUCAAAUCGGAGGCUAUGUUUGCAGUUGCAGCUGCAAGAAAUGUCAUAAGCGUUCCGGAAGUUAAGUCAUCAGACGCAUAUGAUAGAAAUGUUACAAUGGAACCAGAAGCUGAACCUUUAGAUUUAACCGAGAGAAAUGUUAUAGUGGAAUCGGAAGCUGUGUCUUCAGGAGCAGCCGAAAGAAUGUUGUAAUGGAACCGGAAUUUAUAGCAUUCUGAGAUCAACACGCACAUUCAGAUGCAAACAAAACAAUGUAUACGUUAUUUGUUUUUACUUUUAUGUUAGCAAGUUAAGUUCAGUGAAUUAACCAGUUUUAGAAAACAAAAACCCAAAAAAAUAUUUAAGGUAAGCUCUUUAGCUUAAGCUU